AUGGAAUCCUCUUCUAACGUAAACUCCUCCUUUACCAACCAAAUCUCUCCCGCGCUCUCUUUAUCCAAUUCAUUCACUGACACAAAAUCAUCCACUUCAUUGUCUUCUCAUUUACACUCUGCAACUCGAAGAACAUUUAUAGGUCCAACAGCAUCAAAUUGGCCACAUAAGAAAACUUCAUACUUUUUCUUGAAGAGUAAUGAUUCUAAAUCUCAAGUCGUCAAAAAACGAUCUAGUCAGAAUCUUAUUAACAAAGGUGAAUCAUCGGUCGACUCGAGAGAUUAUAAUGGUUCCUCGAAAUUUCAAAGAAAUUCAAUUGCAAGCGCUACUGAUUCGCAACACUUGAUCUCUGAACCACAAAGGCUAAAAUUGCAAAAUUCUAGUAAUAUUACCAUUGAAAGUCAUUCCUCUGCAUAUUUUACUCCAGCUCAUGAUAUAAAUCCAAUUUCUACACAACAAUCUUAUUUUCCAUUACCUAAUGAAGUAAAUGAUAAACUUUCAUCUAACAAUUCCGUUGAAAAUAAUGAUAUGAAUCAAGAUUCGAAACAUGUUAAAUUUUCAAGUACAGCUGCUUCCGCAAUUUCAUCAAAUUAUCAACCAAAUACAAUCAUAAGACAAGAUCAAAUGUUAGUGAGAAUUGGUUAUGAGGAACUUAAAGAAAAUCCGCAAUUAUAUAAAAAGAGAAGUUUUACUCACGACUUUUUUCAGUUUACCGAAUGGAAAGAAUUCAUGGUAAAAUUAAAACCAGAUGUGAUUGAAUUAUAUAAAAAUGAGAACAAAAUAAUAGAAAGUAUUCCGUUCACUUCCAAAACAAAAUUUUCAUUAUUUUCGUCAUCAGAUUAUACGAUAUUGUUAUCUCAACCAAUGAAACGUUAUGUUAAGAAUUUUAUACUUAAUCCCAGAACUAUAUCAUUGUGUGUUCAAUGGUAUCAAGUAUUAUAUGACCUAUUUUCUGAAACAACUAGUAAAUCAAUACUUCCUUCACUUGGAGUCACCAUACCAGAUUUGGAUAUUAAAUUACAAAUUCCUAUUUAUCAAAAUGAUGAUGAUGAAAACUUUUCAUUAUUGAGUAUGAAUGCUGAGAAAGUAAUGAAUGCUGUUUUAAAUGAAUUGAAUUUUCUUACCGAACAGAAUGAUGUAUUAGAUAAAUGGGUAAAAUCUAAAGAUUUAAGAUUAUGUUGGAAGAGGUAUGAAAGGUUGGAAUGGAUUGAUGAAAAAGAUCAUGUUUGGAAUGAUUUGUUGAAAUGUCCUCAAUUUGUUGAGCAGACUCAUCAGUUGCAAUUAAGACCAAUUGAGCAUUAUCCUACAUCAGUUAAAUCCAAAGAUGGAACUAGAUUAAUCGUAAUAAAAUGUUUAUGUAUAUAUCCACCUCCACCUCCAAAUGUGUCCACUACAACCGUUAUUGAUACAAGUGAUAAUAAUGACAUUCAACAUUAUCCAUUAAUUUAUGCAAUUUCACCUAUGAAUUCUGAUAUGAACAGGAGAGUUAAUCAGAUUUUAUGUGCGAAAGGAUUUAUUGACUUAACCGAAAUUGUUGAGAUUAAAUGUUUAGAAGAAGUUCUAGAAGCGGAUGAGGUUAAUGACGGAGAAGGGUGCACUUUUAAAUUGAUAAAGAAAAAUGGUAAAGUUAUUACUCUAAAGGCAUAUUCACGGCAAACACGAGAAGAAUGGAUAAAUCAUCUAAAUGAACUUAUUAAAUAUUGGAAGGCAAGAAUAUCGCGAGAUGUGAGAAUGAGAGUCGAAAUUAUUAAAACAAAUCAAUCAUAUUAUCAUGAGACAGUUGAUGAUGGAUUUUAUCAUUGGAGGAAUUCAAAAUCUUAUGUUAAUCCAAUAUUAUGGAAUUGUUGUGUAUUAGAUAGAUGUCGUGGAAUCAUUAAAUCUGGGUGGUUAUAUAAUAAGACACAAAUCGUGCAAACAUUUGAACAUUAUCAUCAUGUUCUAACGCAUGGCCACCUUAUUUAUUUUCAUCGUAACACGCGUUCCACCUUAUCAAAAUGUACGUCAAACAAAAGUUAUCACAAAUAUAAAUGGUGCAUAAAUUUGAGAGAUUGUUAUGUAUAUUCAGGAGAAAUAACGGAACAUGAAUAUUAUGAUUCAAAUCAAUCACAAGAACGAAGUGUCGCUAAAUCAUAUAAUAAUGGUCAAUUGGCCAAAAUUUAUGGGGAUGGUAUGGUAUCUUAUGAUAAUUAUAAAGAUACAAGUUUUGUUAUUUGGAAAAAUAAAAGAAAGUAUUGUUUUGGUAAUGAUGGGAUGAAAAUCCAAGUGAAUCGAAGAAUCCAAUUGAAUACUCGGGGAAAUUUUUGGGUUUUUAGAGCUAGAAGUAGAAUGGAAUGUGAAGAAUGGGUUUGGGCCCUUAAUGCUGAAAUUGAACGUCUUUAUAAAAAUGAAAAUACUUGA